CAGCGUGCUGAUUCAGGUGACCAUGAAUUAUUGUUUAUUUUGCGGUAAAUAAUCUGGCCAACGAAUUUUCGUGUUUCUGUUCUAUCAAGAUGUCUUACUUCUGGAAAUGUCUGCAACAGUCUAUCUUGACGAGAUUCCUGACUACUUUCCUGUUUUCUUUUCCGAUCACACUUUCCGUUGGGGAAGGACCGUCUGAACUCAGGACAAGGGGACAGGCUGACAGAAAGAGAGAGGAACUGUUAGCCUUGUGCAAUCAGUUCCUGGUGGAGGUACAGCUGUCUGGACCAGAUGCCGAGCAACACAUCCGUGAUAAUUUCGAUCUUCAGGGGGUUGAAGACCGCCUAAAGAAGUCUAUCACGACUGCGGAGGUUGUAGCAGCCGGUAUAGAGGCCUCCAAACUAAUUGCUCAAGGGCGACAGGCUCUAAACCAGUUUGCUUUAAAGCAACUGGAAGAGAUCAUGGAAGCUAUUCGCAAGGGGGAAGUAAUGACAGAAGUAAGUGAAGAAUCGAUUGAUUCCAAUAUCCAGCAGCUUAGAGAGGCCUUGGCUGCGGAAGAAAUAAAGAAAGAAGAAGUAUCUCGAAGAAGAGAACAGGAACAGCGAAGAGGUCAAAGAGUUAAAGAGAUCAGGCAAGUAAUAGGAACAGAAGUCGGUGAACAGACUGACAUGUCACAAACGUUGGCUCAUAUUGUGACAUAUCUUACCUUUCUAGAAGARAAGAUUGAUAGACARCAAAAUCAGUYGGAUGAAAUYGCUGUUGGAUUGAGAACAAUUGCUWAUAUUGUGAAAGAAAUCCAGACGUAUGUGAGUACCGCACCGGUUGAGCCGGAGUCCCAAGUCGCGUUCACCACUUCUUGCAUGGGUGGUGAGGCCAAGCAAUGGGUGUUGGUCGAGGCCAAUGCUGUGGAUUUCGAAGACAUCGGUGAGUGGGCGAAGACUCUGACGCUGAAAAAGUUCUUGGCGAAAACCAGGGACCGUUUUCUCGACAAGACGACGACCGACAAGGCCUUUGACCAGUUGACGUCAAUUGGUCAAAAGCAUUGGACGUCAGUUGAGGCUUUGUCCCGAGAAGUUGACCGAUUGUUGCAGGUUCCUGGAUUGAACCUGCAGGACAGCCAAGUGUUGUACAUCUAUUCCCGCGCGUUGCCUGAGCCCAUCCGGGGACACUUAGUCACUGAAGCAAAAUCCGGUAAGUACAACUACAGGCUAUUUCGUGACCUUGCACUGCAGAGGGAACAAAUGACUUCCCAAGUCAAAAAUUCCUAUGCAGCGGUAGUCAAAUCUAGAGGAGGAGGAGGUAGACAAUACAACGGAAAACGAGUUCUCUGGCGACAAAAGCGCCAAGACCACACACUUGUCGUCUUCGAUGACGACACAGUGGAAAAGUGGCCGAACGACGAGAAUGAUAACAACAGUGACUCCGGGAAGGGGGAAGUCACUGCUGUUGUGGCCAAUAAGGGAGGACCACCCAGGAGAGGAGGGAAGAAACAAAGAGCGUUUCCAUGGCACCCUGGCAUUGCUGAUGGGAAGCCAUGGGUCGAAAUGGGUAUGACUAGAAAGACUUGGCAGGAGCGCAUGGACAAUGCGCAAUGUCUCAAGUGCGGCACACCGGGACAUGUGAUCACCUACUGCCCUCAGAUCCGGAACCCAAAAGCGAACAGCCAGUAGGAGUAACAUCUGCUCCUACUGAGAUUAAGGGUAAGAACGAACAGACAGGUAAGGCGCCUACGACCCCUUCCUACCCUUCUUCUCAAUUGGCAGAAGAUGAUUCUUCCUUAGCCCAUCAUCCAGAUCGCCCUGACAUUGUCUUGUGUUCUGUCUCUCUAGAUGACUCCCUUGAUGAGUUAGGUAACGAAUUGCUAGCAUUACAUGGCUCAUGGGCUCGAAAGGCGAAGACUAAGGGCGAGUUGUUGUUUGCAGAUGUUGAGAUCGCACGAACACGA